AUGGCGGAUGUGCAGUUGAAAGCAUUGCUCAUGGGUGUGGAGGCGGAGCGCGGGGCGACGGUGACGUGUCGUGACCCGUCCGCGCUUGAGAUGCUGCUGCGGAUCGGCAACUCCGACGCCAACCGAGGGAGUGUGUCCGUGAUCUUCCAAAACACCAGCGCAGCCUCGUCGCCGGCGGCGCAGAUGUUGUUCAUCAACGAGAAGUACGCAGAGGCAGUGGAGGAAGAGGUGCAGUUGUGGCUGGGCCCCUUCAAGACAGCCGCCGGCAGUGAGCGAAAACGCGCCCGCGCCGACUCGGACAGGGACGACUUCGAGAGCGAAAGUGGCUCGGACGCGUAG